AUGUCAGGUGCCACCAUUGAUGAGAAGAGGACAUCCAAGAGUUAUGGUGGGCAAGGCAAGAAGACCUGGUGGCUUUUUCCAUUCGCCUUCUCUUCUGCAAACCCUCCAGAGACAAUCUUGCAGCUCCGUAUUGCCCCGGGCAGCUGCUGGGCUUUCCAAGGAUCUCGAGGCCACGUGGUCAUCCGUCUGCCUGAGCCAGUCUGGCCAACGGCUUUCACCAUCUGGCAUAUCUCCGAGGCAGUCUCUCCUUCCAGGGAGGUCAGCAGCGCCCCCAAAGAGUUUGCUGUCUCCGGAGCGGAUGAGGCAACGGCAGAAACGCUCCUGGGGACGUUCACCUACGACGUGCACAAGGAGAUCGCUCAGACAUUCCAUGUGCAGAAGGAGCUUCCCCGGACCUUUCGCUACAUCACACUCCGGGUGCACAGCAACUGGGGAAACCCAGAGUACACCUGUGUCUACCGAGUACAGGUUCACGGGAAGACGAUCGCCAUCCUCAUCGUGGUUGUGCUGAAGGGAGACAUCCUUGACUGGGUCCUGCCACCAAAGCUGGCGGCCGCCUUUGGGAGCCGCCCAGCGAGGUCCCAGCUCUUCUGA